AUGGCCACCAAUAUGCAUCCACUCUUGGUGAGCUUCUCAUUGGCCAUUCUUCUGGGUUUGACAUCUCUGGGUGGACUGAAUAUGCGGCAGUCAGGUCAAGCUUUGGCCCAAGUCUCUACCAGCAACCAGACAACAGAGCCUUCUAUAAUACCAGAAGCCACAUUGGCAACACCAACAACAGGUGCGGACGACCAAACAUCUCCAAGCAAUGGUGGCCGUUGCUGGGGUUACUAUGAUGUCAUGGGCCAAUGGGAUCCACCCUUUAACUGUAAUGCAGGUAUCUACUUGUUCUGUUGUGGUUCCUGCUUCUACCGCUUUUGCUGUCAGUUCAAAGUCCACAGUUUGGACCAGACUUCCUGUUCCAACUAUGACACACCUGUCUGGGCAAACACCGGACGACCAGCGGCACCCGUCACAGAGGUCCAAGAGGAACCAGACCGAGAUCGGACCCAUAUGAUCGUGUAUAUUAUCUGUGGAGUGGUGGCCAUCAUGGUGUUGGUGGGGAUUUUCACCAAGCUCGGGCUGGAGAAGAGUCAAGGAGGACAGACUGACAUGACCAACUCCAGGACUCUAACAGAGCUGCUGAAGCAGCCAGGGGAGGCAGGAGCAGUGGAUGGAACUGGCAUUCAUCACCCAAUAGGGACCAACGGCAUCUCUGCCAGAGCACUGCGCUCCAACAAUGAUCAUAACCAUCUGAACAACGCAGCCUUGUCUCCCCUGGGUCCGGCCAUGGCCUUGUCUCACCCUCAUAACAACCUGGGAAUUGGCUUCAAUAAGUACACUUCGCUCAAGGCCGUGGACACUGCUGCAAGAGACUACUACAAGAGCUACCCAAUGGUAGACUAUACACACCGCCAGUCCCCUCCUACUUUCCAGCCAAUCAACUUCCACCCCAAGGACAAGCCUUUCCUCCCGCCACCUGACAUCCACGCGCCACUCGCCAUCACCAUCAACGCCUCCCAGAUCCCCAAGCCCAAGAUCUCCAAAACCAACACCCACCCGCUCACCUCCAGUUCAGCCUUCAAGGUAUGGGACCCCAGUAAGAGCCACACCCAGCACCCCGUGGCCACCCACAUGGUCCUCCAAGGUCCGCAGCACCACACCAUGCCACAGCAGCCGCAGCAUCACCAGCCACUUCACCAGCAGAACAGCCGGCGCCUGGCCUACUCCAACAAGAGGCAGUUCAGCAUCGAGACGCUGCCAGAGCUCUUCUCCCAGCCGCUGGGCUACGGCCACUCGCCGCACGUGCACCCCAAGCACAAGGGACUGCCCACUAACAGCAAGACAGAAGUCACUGUCUGA